AUGGCGGCCGGGGUCAGCAGCAACCUCGCGGGCAAGGUCGACCGCGAUGAUGAUCGUGAUCGAGACAGUUCCAAGCAGCGUUCGAGCAGCUCGAGCAGUUCAGACACAGGCUACCAGAUCAAAGUUGCAGAGCGGCUUGUCUUGAAGCGUCGCAAGCGCUAUAAGAAGUGCGUGGGGUCCGAGGAGGAGACUGUCCGCACCAAGGACAAGAUCAUCGCAAACGCGAUCGCCCCACAGCUGUCCUCCGCCAUCGCCGCCAACGCGGUCCAGGCUGGUGCCCCAGUGGCCGCGGGGACUGGCACUAUCGUGCCAGCAGUUGCGGCAACGCCGGCCCCUCAGCAUCCUUUCCAGCGGGUGCCGCCGUCAGUGGUUACCUCGGCCACUACGCUCACAGCUGCCCAGCGUGCCUACACCGUCGCGGAAUGCAGUCACGCCUUCAAGCUGGAGAGCGGCACGAUGGAGGAGCUCAAGGAGAAGGUCAACGAGAAGUGGUCAAAAGUGAAGGUCCCCAAGGGCAUGGGCCGCAAAAUCAAGGAUGCGGGCCAAG